AUGGAACCAAGUGGAAGUAGCUCACAGCUAAGCAGGAUCUCUUCAGCAUCAUCCGUAACAAGCCAUGAUGAUAUCGUAGAAAAGUGGUUUGAAAUUGAUGAUUCCAUCCCAUUUGACGUUCCCAAACAGUCACUUGAAGAAAUUCUUUGUGAUACGCUAGUAGAUUUUGACGAUGAUGUAGAUCUACCUUUUAAAGAUGAGGAUACUUUUUCCGCUACAGACCUUCGAAGCCCCUCGGUUUCUUAUAAACUGGAUUCUCCACUUCAUGUCAAGCGGCUUGAGUCAGUAUCUUAUCAGCUGGAAUCUCUUCUAGAUAGAGAGGGAGGAAUAGCGAACUGCGUCGCUGUGUCAAGCUCAGCUGUUGCUGUUGGCACCACUCGUGGACGUAUUCUGGUUUUCAAUAGGAAUAACCAGAGGCUUGAAAGUUCUUUCUUCAAUGAGAUCUGUCCUGUUUCCAGUAUGGAUUUUAACAGAGAUGGAUCUAAACUUGCUGUUGCUUUCGCCGUCGGGAAGAUAAUUGUGUUGAGUGUUACUUCAGGGAAAAUUUUAAAUGAGAAUUCUGAAGUUGUUCAGCUUGGGCGAGGGAUCCUUCAGAUAACAAUGAUUGGAAGAGGUCAUCGCAUGAUCGUAGUUGAUAGUGGAGGAUCUGUUUAUAUUUAUGAAUCACCGUACCGUUUUCGCAGUUCGAGGGUGAAAUGUAUUUUUUCUGGUGCUCGUGGAGAGGUAGUUUUCGUUAAAAUGAUCGCUGAUGAACAUGUACUUGCUCUAGUUUCUUUAACGAAGUUUUACUUAAUAACUUUUCCUGAAAGUCGAUUGAUUCACGUAUCGCCUUGUGUUGGUUCUGCCAGUAAACCUCCCGUCUUAGAUUGGCAGUACUUAGAUUUUAAGUCGCUUAAAGGGAAUUCUUUGAGUCCUGUAGUGUGUGUUGCAAGAGGUGGCCAUAUAACUUUUUAUCGUCUGGCGCCGAACAAUGUUACCUUGGAGAAGGUUACUUUUUUAAGGAAUUUGGUUUUAAAUUUUGAUGUAAUCAAUUUAAAGUGGGUUGACCCUUUUCACAUUGUGGCUAUUUCAUCUGAUGAAAGGUUGCAUGUGGUCGAUAUUGCUCUUGGGGAAACAGCAGAAGAAGACAUAAGUUUUUUGGAGCUUGUUUACGGUACAGCUGAAUUUAAGGGUUUAUCAGUUGGGGGAAAUGUUAGUGCAGCACUCCAGUAUAUAGCAGACUCUGUUUGUUACCAAUCAGUGCGCAGAUAUUGUGCGUAUACAGCUCUUCUGGGUCAGUGUGCCGUUUUUACUUUGGAAAUAUCCGAUCAGUUAAGUCAAUUGGAUGCCUUUGUAGAACGUGACGAUAUCACUGCAGCCGUUUCAUACGCAGUCGAUCUGUACACUGAAAAAGUUCAAAACAAACGGCCUGGUCUUAAACAUCACAUAUCCUCGCGUUUCCCGCUUUUAAUUCAGAAACUCUUGACUAAAACUACUAGUUUGGAAGGCGGCAAUAUUCGAAAGUUAAUUGAACAUUACAAGGUUCAUAUACCACUAAUAAUUUGGAGCUGUGUUAAAACUAGCCAUUUUGACCUUCUUUAUAAUACUGUUUAUCCUCUCCUGGAAAAGGACGCUCUCUCAAAAGCACAGUUUAUGGAAGUACUUGAUGAAGUUAUAAAUGAAGGACUUUUGAAUGACCCUUCACCCACACUGGUCAAAGACUAUUUUGAAUAUCUUAUAUCUGAAGGACAUUUAAGCCAGUUUGAGACAGCUAUUAUUCAUAUUCCUUUGGAAAAACAGGACCUUGAUUUCGCCAUAAAAGAAUGCACAAAACAUAAACUUUUUGAUGCUCUUAUACACAUAAGCUAUGUUGCACUAAACGAAUACACUGGUCAAGCUUAUCCGACAGGAUCUCUACCGGAAAAUGUUGCCGAAAACUUAUCUGUAAAUGUAUAUCGGUGUCUAGUUUCUAGAUUUGGAAAAGACUCUAGCUCGGAAACUUACCCGUAUAUUCGAUUGUUAUUAAACCUUGACGGAAAACAGUUUUUAGAUGUCCUGUUUACUUCUUCGGAUUCACGUGUUUUUACUUCUGACCUAAACAGAAUGCAUAAAUUGCUGGACAUCAUUUAUGAGGUUUUACUUCCUUGCGGUGAUCAUCAGUUACUGGCACAUUUUCUUGUAUUCAUAACACACUUGAUCCAGAGCAAUGCGGUAUCAGUACCGCUGCACAUGAUUAAGUCGUUAAUACAUUCUGUACUGUCGGUAGAAGCCAGAACGGAGCGACAUCCGGAAGUGGAAAGUUCUAUUAUAGAACUUAUGGCAAACAUUUUUGGUUUGGACGAAAAUUAUAUACUAACUCUAGCAAAGAGAAGUUCUCAUUUACAAGUUUGUGCGUACAUCUAUUCCUCGAAACGGCAGUUUAAAGAGUUGGUUGAAUGUUACUUGGAUGAUAAAUUCUUUGCGAGACUGAGUGCUGUGAAUUCGUUCAUGACUGCAGAGCUUGUAGUCGAUUAUUUUACUGAUUGCUUACUUGAUCCAGAGGACGAAAGCGAUGGUUUCCCUCAACUUGUUUAUAAUUGUUUCUUAAUAAGGCGGUCGAGGGGGUGGCGUGACCUGACCGGUAAAGAAAAAGUUGAUGAUGCCUUGUUAUCGCAUGCUGUAGAAUAUGUUUUACGUGGAAAAACGACUUUGGAAGAAGAUAAGGAGCUCUCUGAAUUUUUACGUUACUGGUUACCUAUUGGUUCCUUAAGCGACCGAACCUUGAACCAAGUUGUGAAAGCAAAGUUUCCUUUUUCUAGCGCUGUUCUCUUUGAGGCACGGAAGUUAUACGACGACGCAUUUCAAACAUUGUAUAAUGAACUGGAGAAGUUUUCUCCUUUUGCUGAAGACUUGGUUAAAGAGGUCUUGCGGCUCUCUAGUUCGCACCGUACUGAGGCUUCAAAAGGAGAGUGGCUUCUGAAACUUCUUCUUUUGCUCCUCUCGCUAACGCAGUCGCAGCUUCGCAAAGAUUUAGGUGAUGAGAGGUAUCACCUGAACAUGGUCAUUUCGGGUAUUAUAGAAAGUGGCAGUAGCAGUAUUGAGAAUCUCGUCAACUCUUUGUUUGCCCAUCCUAUAUUCAGCAACGCUCUUUAUGAGGAAUUUCGGCCUUUCAUUAAUGCGAUUCUUGAUUCUUGCCGGUACGAGUCAAAUGCUUUAGAAAUUACAGUAAAGUGCAUUGAUGAAGAAACUCUUGACAAUUGUGGUCAUUUAAUGCAUUUGCAAUGCGAACCAGAAAACCAAACAGAGAGAGUAUGUCCUUGCAAUACUGCUUUGUUUGGAACGGAGCAUGAUGUUGAUACUCUUCGUGAGUUCAGCGCUGUAGUGCCUUCUAAAAGCCGGUUACCUUUGUUUAGUAAAGAAAAUUUGAAGUUACAUUUGGGUCCAGGACUUAAUUCUUAG